AUGAAGACCCGGAAACCAAGAGACGGGGUUUGCACUUCAGGCAGCAGAAUCACCACAGCGAGUAUGCUGUUGUCCUUCCUUGCUCUUGUACCCUCCAUCACUGCGGCCAAACUCCCCGCCGCCAUCGAUCCCUGGUACCCAGUGCCUGCACCCAAAGAACCAGACACCCAUGACUUUACCCUAAGACAUAUUUUCCAUCGAGGCACUUACCGCGAUCCCAAUCUGCACAAACGAUACGAUUUCAGCCCGCAGGCACCCGUCCUCCUCACCCAAGAAGACGACCAUGUCCUGACAUCUUCCCUCGAAUCGCCGCCACACUUUACCCUGCGUUCAGAUUCUGUCGAGAUUGAACGACUAGUCGACAGGCAACCGCUGAGCAUUGAGAGAUAUCUUCAACAUGCACGCCUCACUGGCAUUCCGGCUGUCCUUGAUGCUUCGCAGUGGACAUUGGACCAGGUCGAGGGUCCCAACAUCGAGCACAAACCUACCGUCCUCAACCUGGCCAUUAUGGCAGCCAACGCGUAUAACCCAGGCCCAGGCGAGGGAGAUUGGGACGAUGUAAGCCAAGGCUAUAAUCGUUCUACACCAUUCGGAUGGGAAGGCGACGGUCUGAGAGGUCAUAUAUUUGCCAACGAAGGCAAUGAAACAGUCAUUAUUAGUCUCAAGGGGACUUCUCCUGCUGUCUUUGACGGAGACGGAACUACCACCAAGGACAAACUGAACGACAAUCUCUUCUUCUCUUGCUGUUGUGCUCAAGGUGGCUCGUACUUCUGGCAUCAAGUCUGCGACUGCCAGACCGGCACAUAUACUUGCAACCGGACCUGCGUUGUCCAGGCAUUGAGACAAGAGAACCGGUAUUAUCGAGCCGCGAUUGACUUAUAUACCAAUGUUACGGAAUUAUACCCAGAUUCAAACGUCUGGCUCGCUGGUCACUCACUCGGCGGCGCCGUCACCAGCCUCCUCGGUCUCACGUUUGGCCUGCCCACCGUAACAUUCGAAGCGCCCGGUGAUGACCUCGCAGCAAAACGCCUCGGUCUUCCCGCUCCUCCAUCAUCAGACCCCCACAGACCACGCACAAAGUAUACAGGGGCCUACCACUUUGGAAACACGGCCGACCCAGUAUUCAUGGGCACUUGCAAUGGUGCCACAGCAACAUGUACUUUGGGCGGCUAUGCCAUGGAAUCCCAAUGUCACACGGGGAAACAAUGUGUCUACGAUACUGUGAGUGACUACGGUUGGCGUGUCGGGAUUGGCAACCAUAAGAUCCACAACGUCAUCGACAACGUGAUCAAGAUAUACAAGACUGUCCCCUCUUGUGUGCCUGACGACGAAUGCGUAGAUUGUUUCAAUUGGAAGUUCUUUGAAAGCAAUGGCUCGGACUCGACGACGUCGACCCGGACAACCACUACAAGUUCCACGACAUACACGAGAACGAGUACAUGCAAAACUCCAGGCUGGUGGGGAUGCCUAGACGAGACUACAACCGCGAGCACGACUUCAACGGUGCCAGUGGUAACCACCACCUAUACCACGACAAGCUGCGUCACGCCAGGCUGGUUCGGAUGCAAUGAGAAAGUCAAUAUCACGGUGACAACGACCACGAUCGCGCCAACAAUGACGCCGCCGACAACGUCCGUCCCUGCUUCUGUCACUCACCACCCAUCGUCAUCUACCUGUGAGCAUCCGGGUUGGUGGGGCUGUCGCGACGCCACCUCGACUACAUAUAAGCCAUCUCCGUCCUCGACGGUGUCGAGUCCGAGUGCUACAAGGACCGCUGAACCGCACAGGAAGCACACAUGCAAGACACCCGGUUAUUUCUGGGGCUGUCACGAUGCGCCCAAGUCCCACCAUCGCCAUGCUACAAGCAGUGCCGUUGACGCAUCAACAACAACGGACGGCAUGAUCACGCGAGCACCAACGUUCAGCACCAGCGCUAUUAGUGCAACAGCAACUCCAACCACCACCGAUGACGGGACGAGGAAGGGCAGGAAAUGCAAAAGGCGAGCGUUCUUUGGAUUGAUCUGUUUGGAUGGGUAUGAGGAUGAAUAUGUACCUGAUCUAUGA